ACUGUACAUUAUGGAUUUUGAAAGUCUGAAUUUGAAAACUAUGAAAAUUUCUACAAAUCAAAAUCAUGAUCUUCACGCUGCAUGAAAAUGGCAAAUAAUUCAACAACAGCUAACACUAAUGGCGCGGUAGCUAUUGUAAAUAACUUGACAUGGGAUGAUGCAACAUGGAUUUUAACCAGUUCUUUCAUUAUUUUCACUAUGCAAUCUGGUUUUGGCCUCUUAGAAUCUGGUGCCGUGACCAGGAAAAAUGAAGUAAACAUAAUGAUUAAAAACGCUGCCGAUGUUAUCUUUGGUGGCAUCAGUUACUGGAUGGUAGGAUUUGGAAUGAGUUUUGGAAAAGACGAAGGAUCAAAUAGAUUUAUAGGUGUAGGAUAUUUUUUCGUUGACUCCAAUGGCCCGGAUAUGGGUCAGUUAUUCGCAACAUUUGUCUUUCAGUUAUCCUUUGCGACCACAGCAACGACUAUUGUGUCCGGUGCAAUGGCUGAACGAACUAAAUUAACAUCCUACAUGAUAUAUAGUUUCUUUAACACAUACGUUUACUGUAUACCAGCGCAUUGGGUGUGGGAUAAAAAUGGAUUUUUAAACAAAUUAGGAUGCGUAGAUAUUGCAGGAUCAGGAGUUGUACAUCUAUGUGGAGGAACGGCUGCAUUGGUAGCUACCUUUUUGUUACAACCUCGUACAGGAAGAUAUGAAAAUGGAGCACAACGCCCUACCUUAGGAAAUCCAGUAAAUACAAUAAUAGGGUUAUUCAUGCUAUGGUGGGGAUGGCUUGGGUUUAAUUGUGGAAGUACUUUCGGAAUAUCUGGAGGUAAAUGGAAGCUAGCUGCCAAAUCAGCUGUUAUAACCAUGAAUGGAUCUGUAGGAGCAGGAUUUGCUGGUAUCGUUUUGAGUGUAAUUUUGUACAAGGGUAAAUAUGAUGUAUCAACAAUAGUUAACAGUGUAUUAGGAGGGAUGGUUGGUGUAACAGCAAGCUGUGCAGUAAUAAGACCGUGGGAAGCUGUGAUAACGGGUGCUAUUGGCAGUAUUUUAAGUGUAUUUGGAGCAAGACUUCUUGAUAAGAUGAAACUUGAUGACCCUGUUGGUGCAAUUUCUGUCCACGGCGUAUGUGGAUUGUGGGGUAUGCUAGCUGUUGGUAUAUUUGCACAGAAGGAUAAAUUUCAGAAUUUGACAACGGGAAGAAACGGUCUAGUUCACGGUGGAGGCUUCUAUUUAUUAGGUGUACAGGCGUUAACAUGCGUUUCCAUAAUGGCAUGGUCAACAUUUGGAACUUUCCUUAUAUUAUGGUUAUUAAAGAAGACUUUUGGUAUUCGACUGUCUCUAGAAGAAGAAGAAUUGGGUGCAGAUUUUGUGGAACACAAUAUAGAUAUCAACAACAGAAAUGAGUCCAACAUCAUAUUUUCGUCUAGACGUACAAGUCGAAUUCCGUCAUCAGUUUCUACUAUAACAAGAGAAAGCCUUGAAAUGAUAACAAUUUCCGAAAACAUCCAAAAUGCACCAAAUCGUACUGAUCAGAACGAAGAUAAUGCUUUCUGUAAAUUCCUUGAUCAGGUUAUAAUAAAACUGAAAAGAAAUCGUGAAAUCGCACCUGCAGAAUGAUCAAAAGUUGCUGUAAUCUUGGACAGGGCUUACAUAGGAUUGAUAUACCACUAAAGUGUACAUACAACAAUAAUGAUGAAUUAUAGCAGUUAAGGCGUUGUAAACACACCUUCUAGCACAUAUUUCAUUCCGCUUAUUUUACCACAGAAAAAAAGACGUUUGUCGAAUAGGCAUUCUUAC